AACACUUAGCAAUUUGAACAUCUCAUACAUUGAUUUUCAACACAAGAAAAGAAGUUGUUCUUUAGUUGUCAAAUCCACAAUUUUUAAUACUUAGGAAUUUGGAGACCUAGGUACACCAUCAGCCUCUUCUUGGUGUGUUUUAUAACUGAAGUGAGUGUUUGGGGCAAUUGAAUUAUCUUCUGCCCAAGCCUGGUGCAUGUUUGGAAGGUGCCCAGUUCUCACGUGGUGCAAAAUUACUUACUUUCGUUUUCCAUCGGAAGCAGCAAAAGCCAUGGACCAAACACUAAUGCUGGAAACACUACUGCCCAAGUGUUCAUUCCUCAAACUCUUUCAGCUUCUGGUGCUGGCUGGUCUUUUUUGCUUCUGUUCAGGUAUCAGCCAGGUGACCAAGAGAGUGAAAGAUACGGCAGUACUAACCUGUGAUUACAAUAUCUCUGCUAAUGACCUGACAAGAGUUCGAAUCUACUGGCAAAAAAAAUUAUAUAGUGAUGUGGUGCUGAGUGUCGUAUCUGGAGAAGCAAAAGUGUGGCCCAAAUACAAGAAUCGCACCAUACCUACCAUCACCAAUAACCCGUCCAUCGUGAUCCUGGCUCUUCAACUGUCGGACAGCGAUAUCUACGACUGCAUCAUUCAGAGACUUGAAAAAGGGGGUUACCAAAUGGUACAUUCAAAGUCGGUGAGAUUACUGGUCAGAGCUGACUUCCCUGUCCCAAGUAUAACUGAGCUUGGAAAUCCAUCUACUAACAUCAAAAGAAUAACUUGUUCAUCGUCUGGAGGUUUUCCAAAACCUUACCUCUUCUGGUUGGAAAAUGGAAAAGAAUUAAAUGCCAUCAACACAACAGUUUCCCAAGAUCCUGAAAGUGAGCUCUACACUGUUAUCAGUGAACUGGAUUUCAAUGUGACAAACAACCACAGCUUCACGUGUCUCAUCAAGUAUGGAAACUUAACAGUGGCACAGAUCUUCAACUGGCAAAAAUAUGAGCCAACUGUCCCUCCUUUUAUUCAUCAGUCCUCGACUUGGACCACCAAAAUAGUAUCUGGGUUUGUUCCCGGUGCUAUUGUUCUUUGCGUUCUCUUUGUGGUAAUCCUAAAAUGCCGACCUGACAGUAGAUGUGCUGCAAGGACGUACUGCAAGAGGAGGAAUGAGGAGAGCAUGGAAAUGGAAAGGAUCUCUCCUAUCUACUCAAGACCUGUAAAAGCAUCAGAAUGAACAGAACAUCUGGAGAUUUCCGGCCAAGAUGGAGGUAUAAGUAGAUACACUGUGCCU